CCGCUUCUUUGAAGGAACAAACAAAUAAACCAGUCCAACUUGACGACUUUUCUCUCUCUGUUUCGCUUCGCGUCCUUUCAAGUCCAUAUAGCCAGCUUUUCUUUCUCUCUUCUCUCCAAAAAAACUUAAUUCACAAGCUAUCUUUGUUCAAUUUUAGAGCUUAGCUUAGGGUCCUGUACAGAGCGAAAAACAGAAGAAACAUGACGACGAUGGAGAGCUUAAUAGGUUUAGUGAACAGAAUUCAGAUGGCAUGUACUGCUCUUGGUGAUUAUGGCGGCGCCGAUAACUCCUUCUCUUCUCUUUGGGACGAGCUUCCCUCUGUUGCCGUCGUCGGUGGUCAGAGUUCAGGGAAGUCAUCUGUGUUGGAAAGUAUAGUGGGACGAGAUUUUCUUCCACGAGGAUCAGGGAUUGUUACAAGGAGACCUUUAGUACUGCAGCUUCACAAGACAGAUGAAGGGCAGCAGGAAUAUGCAGAAUUCGGUCACCUUCCAAGGAGACGGUUUACAGACUUCUCCCUCGUACGCAGGGAGAUUCAGGAUGAAACUGACAGAGUCACAGGGAAAACAAAGCAGAUUUCUCCUGUUCCUAUCCACUUGAGCAUAUAUUCUCCAAAUGUGGUCAACUUAACACUGAUCGAUUUACCUGGUUUGACCAAAGUUGCUGUUGAGGAGCAGCCUGAGAGUGUUGUCAAAGACAUUGAAGACAUGGUUCAAUCUUACGUUGCAAAGCCCAACUGCAUCAUACUAGCAAUUUCUCCUGCGAAUCAGGAUAUUGCCACGUCAGAUGCUAUAAAACUUUCAAGGGAAGUAGAUCCCACAGGAGAACGGACAUUUGGCGUGUUGACCAAGCUUGAUUUGAUGGAUAAAGGGACUAAUGCGUUAGAUGUUCUAGAAGGAAGGGCUUAUCGUUUGCAACAUCCUUGGGUUGGAAUCGUGAAUCGUUCACAAGCUGAUAUAAAUAAAAAUGUGGACAUGACAUAUGCGAGAAGGAAGGAACGUGAAUAUUUUGCAAGCAGUCCUGACUAUGGGCAUCUGGCUAGUAAAAUGGGUUCAGAAUAUCUUGCAAAACUUCUCUCGAAGCACUUGGAGUCUGUAAUUAGAGCUAAAAUACCGGGCAUCACCUCAGUUAUUAAUAAAAGCAUAGAUGAACUUGAAUCUGAGAUGGACCACCUUGGGAGGCCUAUUGCUGUUGAUGCAGGGGCACAAUUGUAUACUAUCUUGGAACUUUGCCGUGCUUUUGACAAGAUAUUCAAGGAGCAUCUGGAUGGAGGCCGACCGGGAGGUGAUCGAAUUUAUGGAGUUUUUGACAAUCAGCUUCCUGCUGCUUUAAGAAAACUCCCAUUUGAUCGGCAUCUUUCAAUACAAAAUGUGAGAAAAGUUGUCUCAGAGGCUGAUGGGUAUCAGCCUCAUUUGAUUGCACCUGAGCAAGGUUAUAGACGGCUUAUUGAGGGAGCAUUAAAUUAUUUUAGAGGGCCAGCUGAAGCCUCAGUAGAUGCUGUUCACUUUGUCUUAAAGGAACUUGUGAGGAAUUCAGUCGGAGAAUGUCAGGAGUUGAAGCGGUUUCCCAGUCUGCAAUCUGCAAUAGCUGUGGCCUCGUAUGAAGCCUUGGAAAAAUUUCGUGAUGAAGGUAGAAAGACAGUCGUAAGACUGGUGGACAUGGAAUCCUCUUAUCUGACAGUGGAUUUCUUCAGAAAACUUCCUCAGGAAGUGGAGAAAGGGGGGAAUCCAGCAACUACUAAAGGGGGAAAUCCAGCAGCUACUCCUGCUGUAGACCGGUAUGCAGAGGGUCACUUUAGGAGGAUUGGUUCAAAUGUAUCAUCUUAUGUAAAUAUGGUGACCGAUACGCUGAGGAACACUAUCCCUAAAGCAGUGGUUUAUUGCCAAGUUAAGGAGGCCAAACAAUCUCUACUAAAUCACUUCUACACUCAAAUUGGGAAGAAAGAGGGCAAGGCACUUGCAGAAUUGUUAGAUGAAGACCCAGCUUUGAUGGAGAAAAGAGUGCAAUGUGCUAAGAGGCUUGACUUAUACAAGAAAGCAAGAGAUGAAAUUGAUUCUGUAUCAUGGGUUCGAUGAGAUUGGGUGCCAGACAUUCUUGUAAAAUAGUGCAAUUCACGGGUUAGAUUACACUGAUAGUUGUUGCUCCUUGGUCAUCAUUUGACAGCAUAUAUUCUUUGAUUGUAUUAGAAUUUAUCAUCACAAUAUUAGUGGAUUGUUGCUUAAUGACAUGUUUGUGAAUGACUGAGCUACCACAUAUAUUCAUAUGCCAUUUUGCUCUGG